UAUAAGAUUUCAUAGAAUUUCUGGUAUGCAAUCUGACUGGCGGAGUUAGAUAGUCCACUUGGAUGGUAUGUAUGAGCACUACUUGUCAAAUAUGGUGUUACAGUUUGCUUUAAUGUGAAAUAGCUGUGGAAUGAAUGCAUAUUUAUAUCUUUAAAUGUCUACAUAUCUGUUUCUAAAAAAUAACAUAUUUAUUUGUGUCUGGAACACAGUGAAUGUAAUUUUGUUCUUGUUCCAAAAAGUGCUUAUUCAGUAGGUUCAGACUGUUCCUGCGAGUUGCUAGACAGAAAAAAUAUGUUGCCUUAGUAACCUGGAGUAGUAGGAUGUCUGAGUUUAUGCUGAGUGAAAGUGCUGCACAGUAUAGCAGUACAUUAUAUGCCCAUACCCUCAAUGCUACCAGCAUUUCAUUUCACACACGUUGGGAGUGGAUUUAAUUUUACACACAUGAACUGUCCUGAUUACAUUUUACUGGAAAGAUCAAUGACUAACUGACUACUUUCUGCAAUGCACAUAAUGUGGCCUCCUCAAUUGGAAAUGCAUAUUUUGAAGAAUAUAUUGCAUAAAUUAUAUUGUUGUUAAUAUGCUGUAUUUCAAGUGUACAUUUUCUUGUCAAUGAAAAUGGGGCCUCUUGCCUCUCAAGUAAUUAGUAAACAAUAGUGAUCAUCUGAUCUCUAACUCGGUACUCUGAUCAUUUUUCCAAUAGUAUCUUCACAGACAUGCUUCUGAUUGUGUAAGUUGUGUGUUUUUUGCCUGUGUAAUGCAGAGGUAUUUGAAAGGUUGACUUCAAAGGACGUUAAUCAAGCCGCCUCAGUCAACAGUGAUGGGAGAUAAUGAUCAGUCUUGAAGAGACUAAGUUCCAUGCUGUGUCUGCUCUUAUGGCUGAAUCAGUUCCACUGUGCAAAUUAACAAAUCACUGUGAUUUUUUUUCUCCCUGUCUCUUGAGUUCUCUGUUGCAGGUUGGCUGGCUUGUUCUUUUUUUACUCUUACAAAUUUUUCUUUCCCCAAAUACCCUAAUCCACAUCCAAUACCAUUUUGUUGUCUCAAUCCCACAUCCUUUACAGAUUUUUUUAUAUUGAGGUGAGUUUGUUGUUUAUUGUUGAAGAGGGAGGUUUGAUUGUCACAGCAAAGAUGUAAGCUUCUGCACAUCUUAAAUUCACCUGCACAAAAUUUUUUGGUUUUCUUGAUUAGCACAGUCACAAGAAAUAAAAGUAGGAAAUAAUUAAUGCACUUUUCAGUUAUAAUUUUUUAAAAGAAUAGCCCUUGAUGCCUGGCUGAGGAAGUGAGGACUCUGAAAUUAGAGGGAAACGAAAAGGAGGUUUACAGAGGCUUCAAUAAAAAGGAGAUUUUGAAGCAAAAUAGAGAUUCAGGAAGAGUUCCAGAAUUUUGAAACAAUUGCAAUGGACUUUGUCACUAAUGAACUGAGAAGUAUGUAGCUGAAGAGUUGGAUGUGGUCCAUAGAUUUCCAAAAAAAAUUGGACACCUUUGGAGUUCAUUUUGCCAAGUAGUUUUAAAGUUGCCUCUGAUACUUUUAUUGUGGAAGACUUUUGCUGCACAAUUAGAAAUCUUCGCUUGAAUAGAAUUGAAAAUUACAGCAAACCUUCCAAGAGUUGAAGAUCUCAGGAGGAAAGUUUGUGUUCUGAACUAACCUGACAAAUCUUACCAAAUCAGUUAUCCAUCUGAUGGAGAUUGCCUCAACUGGCCAUGUUUAAGCUUAUGAAGAUGUGAAUCUCAGCUGCAUUCUUCCAUUCCACCACCUCAUCCUUCUUGGACUCUUUCCUGGAUUGCCUCUUUGGAAUCACCCCCACUUCGCUCUUCAUUAAUACCUAAACCCUGCCCCCACGAAGUGCUCUUGUUGACCCUUUGUAAAAUGAAAUCCUCCUCAGAAUUAGUGGUCAGCCUUACCAAUAUUUCCUGUGUUGCUGAUUCAUAUGUGUAUGUGUCUUUCCUUCUGCCUGUGUGAAACAUUUUCAUUUUCAGGGUGCUGGACUUGGUGUGGUUUCUGCUAGUGCUCGGUGUCAGUAGCAUUUCAGCAGAGUGACGGAUGCACAUUUAUUGAGACUGACUUCAGAUGUAGUCUGUUCUAAAUAUAGUAAAAUAAAUGAACUGGGAAAGUAUUUGCUCUUAAAUAUAGGGUGGUGGGUAGAACUCAUGGUAGUUUCUGAGAUGUGUUUGUGGCACCUUCUGAGAAACAGCUGUAAUUACAGUUUGGCCUGACUAAAUAAUUAAUCAGCAGUAGAACAUGAUAGUUAUUAAUCCCAAGAGCACUGUUCAAUCUGUUUCAGUAGAGAUACUGUGCAUUCCUCAACCACCCUCCCACUUCUUUACUCUCCACCCAGCUCCUCCUUGCUUCUUGAAUACCCUCUUACAAUCUCCAUUGCACUUUUUCUUUUUUUUAGAAAAAGAAGCAAUUUGGUUCCCUUCUAAAUUUGGCCUUUUUCCUUCUCAUUUGGCGCACUUAGCUGGAGCGGGGAGGGUAGAAAGGAACUGAAGUCUCGUGCUGGUUGGUUUGAAGCCAGCUGCCUUAACAAGAGAGUCGUUUUGUUGUGCAGUAGGAACGAAAGUGUGCAGAUUUUUGGCAGAGAUGGAGGGGAGGAAAUCUGCUGACCAUAACAAUAGGAGGCGUAACAUAAAGUUUCCUUUUAAUUGCCUUUCACAUUCUCUUCUGUGGCUAUAUGUGUUCAUUUUUUUUGAAAUUCACUAGAGUUUGGAUCAAGCUAUUGGCCGCUUAUUCUGGAAUCUCAUCACAUUCUCUUUUUCAGAGAAGUGUGACCCAACCAUAUUUUGCCAUGAGUGGACUUCUGAAACGAAAGUUUGAAGAAGUGGAGGGUGAUCCUUGUUACUCCUCGUCAUCUCCUUCAUCAGCCUCCAACUCGCCCUCUUCUUCAUCUUCCUCCACAACUUCUUGCUCUUUGUCCUCCUGGGACUCUGAUGAUGACAGCUGUUGUGAUGAAACGUGGACAUCUAGACAUGCUACAGCUUUCCCUUCAACGCCUUUUACCCCUAUGCCCAUCCUGAAGAAAGCUAAACGCACAAGAAAGAACCAUGUCCAGUUUGAUCGUGUCGUCGUGUUUUAUUUUGCACGGUGUCAGGGGUUCACCAGUGUUCCAAGCCAAGGUGGCUGCACCCUGGGCAUGGCCAGCAAGCACAGCUCGUGCCGGCAGUACACGUUGGCAGAGUUUGCCAAAGAACAGGAGCAAGUUCGCUCCGAGAAAAUCAAGGAACUCUUGAAAGAACAGAAGCUGAAUUCACUAAAGCUACAGUUGACUAAGAAUGGUACCGCUGACUCUGAAGAGGCUGACCGGCUCACCGUUGACGACAUUUCGGAUGAUGAUAUCGAUGUUGGCGAGGUGGAGCUCGACAGUAGCUUCUUUCCACAGCCGUACCCAGCCAAGAAACGGCAUUCAAUGCUAAAAGCAGCUGGAGUAAAGAAGAUUGACCGUGAGGAAAAGCGGGAGUUGAAUGCAAUCAGGAUGUCACGUGAGGACUGUGGUUGUGACUGCAAGGGCUUCUGUGAGCCAGAGGCUUGCAGCUGUAGCCUGGCUGGAAUUAAGUGCCAAAUGGAUCGUAUGUCCUUUCCCUGUGGAUGUACGAAGGAUGGUUGUGGUAAUACCAUGGGCAGGAUAGAGUUCAACUCUGCUAGAGUACAGACGCACUUCAUCCAUACCAUCAUGAAGCUGGACUUGGAGACACGGCAAGUAGACAGUGUGAAUAAGAAUGGAGAGUUGGAGACGCCACUCUUGGAGAACUCACAACAUUGUGGUUACUCAGCAGACAAAAACAUGUUUCAAGACAGAAGUGCCUCUGUAACACCAGCCUUUCAGUACAGUGAGGAGUCUGAUGACAGCGAGGAAAACAGCUGUAGCAGUGACAUGACAGACUCCACUUCAUCGAGUUACAGUGAGGAGGCAGAUGAGGGAGCUGAUGACCACUUCUUGGAUAAUGGACCGCAGUCUCGUCAGACUGCGGGCAUAGAUGAUGAUGGCCUAGCUCGGAUACUUCACUUUAAUGAUUCUGACAAUGAGUGUGGUAAUGAUACCGACAACCGGGAUGGAUUUCCUUACUUCAGCCCUUCUGAUUUUUUCUGCGAGACUGGUGAUCAACACAGUGGCAUGGGAAGCUCAAAGUUCAGUGCUGAGUUUUACACUAAUCACUUGUCCAGUUUGGAUGAGAAUGCCAAUCAAGAGGGGAGUUUCCCCUUGGGUGAUACAGCUCCAAUGCAAGGCAACAACCAAGCAUGUCCUGCUUCUCACUGCCCAGAACAGAGCUCAAAAAGCUAUACUGACCUCAGCUUAUCAACUGACUCUUUUGAGUUUUUCCAGUCAUUCUCAGAAUUCAACUACGGAUCAUUUCACAACUCUCAGAAAGACUAUGAAAGUAUAGAUAAUUGUCCAACACUCCAAUUUCAGUUUCCUGGGUUUCCUAGUUUCUCCCAAGCUACUGACUCUGGUAGUUGUUUCCUAGAGUCUCUUAUUGGUUUAACAGAGCCAAUCACAGCAGACUCGUUCCCAGAGCCUCCCACACCUUUCCCUGACAGUCAACAUCUUGAAGAAGCCAUCAAAACCUCCAUCAUGGAAACUGUGAAGGUUUGACUUUGGGUUAUUGAAACGACUGGUUCCAAGAUCCUUCAAUUCUUCUAGAAGUAUAAAAGAUACCUUAAUGAAAUAACUGAUGUAUUUUUGGGGGACGGGGUGGUAACUCAAUUGAUUAAAAUGUCAGGGAAUUUUUCUCCACUAAUUAGCCCUCAAUUAUAUUCACCUCAGAAUCUGUGAGACCACAAAUGGCAAAAAAAAAAUCAUCUUGGACAAUGGGAGAGAGACUCCUGACCAUCAGGUGAUGUUUUUUUUUUGAGAAAACUAGAUAUUGUUGAAACCAGAAAGGUAUUUGGCUGUUCUAAUAAUGAUUCAUCAAUGCCAAGUAUCUGUGGUACUUUAGUGAGGAGUGAGGCAGGUAGCAAUUAAAGCAAAAAUGGAAGAAGUUUGCUUGUUUGGCUUCUUUAUCAAUGGAUAUCUGACAGAUAAAAUGAUUCGGCCAAUGAUAACUUGAUGUCUUUGUGACCAGCCCUGUUCAAAGUGUCACCAUUGUGAUAAUCACCAUUCCUGAACUAUGUGCCAUCUUCUGUUACUUCUGCAUCCCACUUUCAAUUCUGAAGUCAGUAGCCCAUUCUAGACAUCGGUUCCAUGUUGCUGCUUGAUCUUUUUAAUCUCAUUCCAAUACUUAUUUCAUGAAAUUAUGUUUUAGCUAGACAAGCCUGGCACACAAUUGUUCUCUCCAGUGAAGGUACUGGCAUUGAAAGUGGAUGCCUUGGCUGAUUUCAUACCAGCCACUAUAUCUGAAGCCCAGAGAAGCAGCUUAGUGGCUACCCGUAUCGUGGCUGAGAUUAAUUAAAACAGACUUAAACUUUGUUAUUUCCAGUGUGACUGGUUUAGCAACAAUAUAUUGAUACACUAUCCUGUUGGGAGCCCCCAUCGUACUAUUUACACAUAUAGGUUGAAGCAUAUGAAUUGGUUCACACCUGCUUUAGUGGGUGGGGUAGAAAAAGUUUUCUAAGUGGAAAAAGUAUUCCCUUUAGCUCAUGGUGAGAGCUGUAACAGAGCACCACAGCAGUACAGAUUGAGGCGAUUUCAGUGACACAAUUUGCAUUUAUAUAGUGCCUUCAACAUUGAAAACAUCUUGGGUAUUUCACAGGUGCAUUAUCAGGUGAAAUUUGACAGAUUGAGAAAAAUUAAUCAGAUAACUACAUCUUGGCGAAAAAGCUUGUGUGUGAUUUUUAAGCUCUAAACUGGUGAAAGGGUUGCAGAAUUAAGGAGGAAAUUAAUCGGGUAGAUGAGCUGGCAUGGUUGGAAAUGAACUAAGAAAUUCAUGGUUCACUACAGUACUAGUAGAGGAUACACUAGUGCAAGGUCAAAGCAGAUUCUGAUUUCCCUUCAGGGCUAUAAUUCCCAACCUUACACGUUUGAACCCAGAUUGUAAAAGGUAAAGACUGCAAUUUGACUUCAAGAUGGUUAGAGGCCAUUACCAAAAAAAUAGGGUUGGCAACUUCUCGCCCUUAAUCAAACAGUGCUGGUUGCAUCAAGUGCUGAGAGCACUGAUACUGUGCCAACCUUCCAAUGUAUUGUUUUAGACAACUUCUCUUUGUCCAGCAGUCUGUUGGCUGCUCAUUUCCUGUCUCAUUCACUGGAUCAAUAGAACAUGGAAAUUUUAAAAAAUAAAAAUUUUAUAAUUACUGGAUUCUUUUCGUGUUUCACGAUGGAAUAGGAUUGGCCCUCCGCAUUCUCAGACAAGAAGAGACCAGCAGACAAUAAAUUUGUAUAUUUUAGAUCAAGCACUCUAAAACAGAAAAUGCUGAAAGUGCACUGGAGAUCUAUUGGUAUGAAUGUUAAAUGUAAGCCUUCAAUGAAGGAUUUCACAAUUUAACAAUCACUUUAACAAUGCUGUUUUGCAUUUUUUUUUAGCAUUUUGUGUUUUUUUUAAAGGUGGGAUUUCUAAUAUUCACAGCCUCUAAGACACUUUGAAUAAUAAAGGGUUAAUUCACAAAUGAACUGACUUACUAUGCAAAGUUUUAACUACAGCUGAGCCCAACAAAUCAUGAUUUGUAAGUACAAAGUACAUUGAUAAAGCCAACCUGAGACAAGGUAUUAACAGGAGGUUAAUGAGUAACUUUUUUGUAAUACUGUACCUAGAGUAUUACAUGUGCAGUUUUUAUUUAUUUUGUACUUCUGUAUUUAUUUAUUUUUGUACAUGCAGUACUGCAAGAAGCACUGUGGUUUAAUAAUGAAACAAUGGAAGUGCAAUACAGCCUUUCCGUAGCACUGAUCCCUCUGAUCACACACUGUUAUAAUUGCUAAGUGUUUGCUUGAGCAACACUGUCACUAGUCUGAGCCCCACAAUGCAAAGGAGAACAAAACAGCAUAUCCAGCUGCCUGUUGUAAUUGUCACCAUGCACUCCACCCCCAAACACCUUUAACUUCAUCACCUGAAAAUGGUCCUGCAGCCACCAGGAUUGUUGAAGAAGAAAUCACCAAUCUUCUUUCUAACGUUUUCUACAGCCCUGUGAUGUCCACACACAAGCUAAAUUCAUAAAAGCAAAACUGUUGAUGCUGCUUGAGUGCCAUCUGAUGCAAAUAUUUCCUACCAAAUCCUAGUGACAGUAUUGCUCCAGCCUGAGUUUGUGGCUUUUCUCCAAGAUCUCCACAAAAGAUUUGAGAAGUACCUUCUGGUAGGAAAUAAUAUUUUUAAAGAAAAAAAUGUGGAUUGCAUUCAAACAUUUAAUGUUUUUGGGCUGUAUUUUUGGCUUGAAGUUUGUAGCUCUAAAGGUGCUAGCGAUUUAAAAUCUUGCGUUAUUUAAAAAAAAUCUGCGAAGUAGCUAAUUUUUUGUUAAGCUUUACAGUAUAUAAUUUAUUGAAAUUCUGUGAGGAAGUGGCAUACAUGGGUUCAGCCCUGUGCAACUAUGCAGAGGAACUAUAAAUGUUUUAUUAGCAGAGGGGCAAAUUAGAAUAUUAACAAUAAGAGCCAAAAGUUGGAAUAACCAAACUGGCAAUUUUUUUAAAAAAUUAAAUUAAUGUUAUUGACUUAUAUUUCCAAAGAGCUCUCCUGAUGAUUUUUAAAUGUCUAUUUUUUUCCUUUUUUUUCUAUGCUCCAUCUCCCUGGUAUUUUGCACUAGUCAGUUUUAGAAAAUAACUGGUGUGUGCAAUAGCCCUUCUCUCAAGUUUUGAAAGUGACAGGAGUUAAUUUUUACAUGAGGGACAACAAUUGGCACGUUCCCAGUGCUUUAUGAAUACCCACAAAGUCACCCUGUGUUCUUUUGCAAGCAAGGUAGCAGGAAUAAAUUCAAUAGCGUUAAACACAAAACAUGUGUCAUUUCUACCUUACUUCAAUUAAAAUCAGUAAUGUUAAUAAUACUUCAGGUUUCUUUCCUUUUUGUUUCUCUUAGUUUUACUUUGUUAUAUAUAAAAAAAAUAAACUUGCAUUGUCAACUUAAAAGUUCACAAAUAUCCCCUUUAAAGAGAUGAUGAUGAGGAAAAGAGAGAAAUAGACCCAGGGAAUAAAUCUCUGCAUUGAGUACUGUCCUAGUAGCUCUACUAGCCAAGUCACCAACAGCACAAGCUUAUCUUUGUGAAUGAAAGUGGCUAAACAUUGAGCAGAUUCAAUCUUUGAAUUAUAUGUAUAUUCAAAUUUGAAGUUGCAAACUUAAGACUUGAAAAGCUAAUUUAAAAAGGUUGUCGGUGAGUUGGAAUCAUCUGAACAUUUCUGUAAAGUAUUUGCAUCCAAGUUAAAUUUCACUUAAUGUUGCUUUGAGCUUGUUACGAUAAAUUUUUCAUUUAUCCCUUUUCCGUUGUCAUUUCAGUUCAUCUAGGAGAAGGGAGUUUUUUUUUGUAAUGUGGGAAAAGGGCUUUGUGGCCAAUUCAAAACUUAUUUUCCUCUUCCGUGCCCCCCCACCAGUGAAGUUUCUCUGCAUAAGAAUUCUGGACCACGCAACAUGCAGCUGUACUGUCCUUUCAAAAUAUAUAUAUAUAUAUUUAUUUUUGUUUCCCUUUUCAGUUGCAUGUGUCUAACAAAUUCAUUUCCUUUUUCAAAGGCACUAGAAGUCUGUAAAUACGUUAAAUGUCACUCCAUUGUAUGAUUCAUUUUUUGCUUGUUUGUACAUAGAAAAAUAUGAAAAUUGGUAUUUAUUACAAGACUGAGAUAAUGUUAUGUAUUGAUUUGAUUUGUCUGUACAUCUCCCAUUUGCCUUCGAUAUGUAAAUUAUAUAUUAGACUUCAAUAAUUUUGCAGAAUGGUACAAUGAUUAUUUUUAAAUGAACACAUGCAUUUAGCUUAAUCUGUAAAAUAUGUUGUUGAAUUCCAUGCUAUUCGUCCAAGCCGUUUGAAGCCAUUUUCAUCAUACUUUUAAAUAAUAAAAGAAUUAUAUA